AUUAGCAAGUAAGCUGUAGAGAAACUUCACAUUUUCAGAUAGGAGAUAGCUGCCAAAAUCACUCAAAAUAAUGUUUGUUAAAACGAUUCGUAGUCAUAUCACGGCGAAGCCGUUUGAAAAACUGAAAUCUUCAAGCCGUCCCAAGCGUUAUGCAGCCGCUCUCCACGAUGUCCCAAUCAGCGUUUGGAUGGGCGUACUGGAACAGCCACUGGAGUCUGCCCAUGGUCCCUAUAUCGACAACUCGGGCACGCAUCAAUUGUGUCCGUUUCUGCAGGCAAGCGAGCAGCAAAUUCAGGAAACGCAGACAACCGAGCAGAAUGGUGAUACGAAAGCUGAUGCCACGGAGGAGCAGAAGGAUAAGAGUAAAGAGACACCAGGGGAGAAGAAAAAUCGCUGCCACAAGUGUGGCAAGAAAUUGGGUCUGACUGGAGCAUUCCCAUGCCGUUGUGGCGGCAUUUACUGCGCAGUCCAUCGGUACAGCGACCGGCAUGACUGCAGCUUCGACUACCGCGAAAUGGGCGCCAGUGAGAUCCGUCGUGACAAUCCGGUUACUGUGGCCAAAAAGUUGCCAGAUAUGUAGUGUCCAUACAUAAAACAUAUAAAUUCAUAGCUUUGCUAUCCAAAAAUGCAUCGCAGGAUGCACAAAAUUCAACCAGAAAUAGUCCCAUGCAGUAAAAUACUAACCAAAAAAUACCAGCAAUAAAAUACCAGCUAAUCUCCUAUCAUA